AAGGAACCAGAAGGUGGCCAGAACCCUAACCCUUACCCGUUCUCCUAUUCUCCCACACCCGAGCCUUGCUAGCUUAUCGUCGUCUCCCUUAACUCCGCCGCCUCCUCCCUUACUUCCCCCCCUCUGCUGUGAGCUUGUCUUCGCCUCUCCAUCUUGCCGCUGGCUUCGUCUUCUCCUCUCUCUGCUUGUGCCUCUGCUUCCGCGGCGGCGUCCUCUAUCUGCUUGUGCUUCUUCUCCGCCGCCUCCUUCCUUCCACCACAAUGGUGGGCUUAUCUCUUGGAGAACAACAUUUCAUCCAAGGUGGAAUAGCUCAAGAUCUUCGAUGUGAUGGUAGGAAGAGGUUGACCUAUCGACCAAUUUAUGUGGAAACUGGAGUCAUCCCUCAGGCAAAUGGUUCAGCAAGGGUUAGAAUGGGUGCUACUGAUGUCAUUGCCAGUGUGAAGGCCGAACUUGGAAAGCCUAGCUCACUGCAACCUAACAAAGGGAAAGUCUCUAUACAUAUUGAUUGCAGUUCAACUGCAGAGCCAGCCUUUGAGGGUAGAGGUGGUGAUGAGUUAUCAGCAGAACUGUCCAAUGCUCUUCAAAGCUGUCUGUUGGGUGGUAAAAGUGGAGAAGGUGCUGGAAUUGAUCUCUCCUCACUCAUUGUUAUUGAAGGGAAAAUUUGUUGGGAUCUUUACAUUGAUGGGCUUGUUGUAAGUUCAGAUGGAAAUUUAUUGGAUACUCUAGGGGCUGCCAUUAAGGCUGCUUUGAGCAACACCGGCAUUCCAAGAGUACAAGUUGCUGCCGGUGAAUCAAGUGAUGAUCAACCAGAAGUCGACAUAAGUGAUGAGGAGUUUCUGCAGUUUGACACAUCUGGAGUCCCUGUCAUAGUUACACUAACCAAGGUUGGGAGACACUAUAUUGUGGAUGCUACUUCAGAAGAGGAGUCACAAAUGAGCUCUGCUAUUUCCAUUUCUGUUAAUAGGCAAGGGUACAUCUGUGGUAUAACCAAACGCGGAGGCGCAGGCAUGGACCCAAGCAUCAUUCUUGAUAUGGUUUCUGUUGCUAAGCAUGUUAGCGAGCAGUUAAUAAACAAACUGGAUUCUGAAAUAGCUUCUGCUGAAGCUGAACACCAGGAAUGACCUAGGAAUUUAGUCAUAACUGUGAUGUAUUUUAGACUUACAAUUAUUUAAUGGUUGAACUAGAGUUUAAUUUAGUGUACAUCAGAAAUUGUUGUGUCUUUAGCUUUGAAGAUUUUAGUCCAUGGUGGAUGCUGGAAUAGUUCAUGUUAAAUUAUACACCACCAUAAGCUAGGGUCCAUGGUCAUUAUUUAAAUUUGUUAACCUAUAAAGAAUUAAAAUAUUGAAAAAUAAUCAAUUAGAAUUUGAACAA